AAUUAAUGAAAUUCAAACAGAGCCACAUAAAAACUUAAAGCAAUCAGAUGGAUGAUGAGGUAGACACGUAGAAGUAUGAUAAAGACGCCAAACUUAGUAAUAAAGCCUCGUAGAUGGUAGUUUGCACUUUUCUCUAUUUCUCUCUAUCUAACAACUCCAUGCGAACAGCUGAUCGAUCAGCUUGUUAGGGUAGUGCCUCAAGAUCACAAGAGAGUUUUCCUUUACAUGGACACCGUCAUCUACAACCCAAAGCCAUCAUAUUUCAUGUACUCCAACGUUAACCAACAAGGCAAUGAUCAAGCAGUAGACAUGAGAAACAACAACCAGCCUCCGGCCAGCCAAGCUUCCACCAGUCAUUCAUCAGAGUCUGCAGGCGACCCAUGUGGUCCUGGAAAAUGGGCAGCCAGGCUUCUCCGAGAUUGUGCAAAGGCUUUAUCUGAAAAGGACUCCAGUAGGAUCCAUCACCUUCUAUGGAUGCUGAACGAGCUAGCGUCCGCCUAUGGAGAUUGUGAGCAGAAAUUGGCAUCUCACUUCUCACAAGCACUUUUCUGUAAGGCCACAGAAAUGGGCGAGCUUUGCUUCAACACUCUGUCGUCUGUUGCAGAGAGGAGCCGCUCCUUUGAAUCUGCUAGGAAGAUGAUAUUAAAGUUUCAGGAGGUUAGCCCAUGGACAACGUUUGGUCAUGUAGCCUCAAAUGGGGCGAUUUUGGAAGCCUUAGAUGGGGAGAGCAAACUACACAUAAUCGAUAUCAGCAACACAUUCUGCACUCAGUGGCCUACUUUACUAGAAGCCUUGGCCACAAGGAACGAUGAGACACCCAGGUUGAAGCUGACUGUAGUGACGACGGUGAGCAUGGAGAGGUCGGUCAUGAAAGAGAUACGCCAGAGGAUGGAGAAGUUCGCUAGGUUGAUGGGUGUGCCCUUUGAGUUCCACGUUGUGAGCGAGCUAUAUCGCCUGGCAGAGCUCACCAAGGAAGAACUCGGUGUACAGGAUGAUGAGGCUGUUGCAGUGAAUUGUAUUGGGGCCCUGAGAAGGAUCAACGUCAAGGACCGAGAUGCUGUGGUUCACAUGCUCCAUACGCUUGGGCCUAAGGUGGUGACGGUGGUCGAGGAGGAGGCCGACUUCACCAGCUCCAUGGAUGACUUUGUCAAGUGCUUUGAUGAAUGCCUCAGAUUUUACGCAUUGUUUUUUGAGAUGCUAGAGGAGAGUUUUCUUCCAACCAGCAAUGAGAGAUUGAUGUUGGAGAGGGAGUGCUCCAGGAGUAUUCUUAGUGUGUUGGCUUGUGAUGAAGGUGAUGGUGGUAGCUGCAGUACUGAGGAAUCUGAGAGAAGAGAGAGGGGGAGACAAUGGUGUGAUAGGCUUAAGGAGGCCUUCUCACCAGUUGGGUUCAGCGACGAUGUGGUAGAUGAUGUGAGGGCACUCCUGAAGAGGUACAGAGCCGGAUGGUCACUUGUGCUUCCCCAAGGAGAUGAUGAUUCGGGCCUUUACUUGACAUGGAAGGAGGAACCUGUUGUAUGGGCUUCAGCUUGGAAACCCUAGACCUAUAGAAGAACCCUUCUUCUAAGACUAAAGCAGCUAGCAUACUGUCAACCGAGAGCUUAGAGUUAGGGUUGUGGGAGUGAAGUGAAGGUGGCAUAUAUUUUGGAUCGGAUCAGUUGGGAAACUUGAAGCUUGCAUGAACAUAGCUGUAUGCAUAAUUCAUCUUAUUUUUAUUCAAAUAUUCCUACGCUUGGAAUUGUGUUGGUUCUUGUUGUUGUUGUUGUUGUUUUUGUUAUCUUCUUCUUUGAAGGUGGUUGCACUUUGUUUCUUUCUUCAAAUAUACUGUUACAUCCAACUGGAUUUGUUGCAUA